UGUGUCAUCGAAAGAAAGCCAGUUUAAUUUUACGUUAAUGCUGAAUUUGGAGUCUUUCAAAUGUUGUUUACCAAGAAAACAUAUACAUAUGUUUUUUUUUUAAAAAAUGCUGAUUUAGUUAUUCUCUUUGUAACAAUUUAAAUUAUUGGUCGUUUACCCUCAAGCAUAUUUAUUUUGUCACAAAUUACAAUAGUUCCAUAAAAGGUCUUAAUUAGAAUCAACAUUACAACAUAGAGUAAAUGGAAGAGUUAAGUGCCAAUGAUAUCCUCGUUAAAAGAAACAAACUCUAAUUUUGUCAGCAUCUAAAUUAAUAUUAUUAAUAAUAUUACGAUAACUUCGAACUGAAAUUAUUAUAUAAUGUGGAAGUAGUAGCACUACUAUGACUUUCAAUAACAGUAAUUUAAAUAGACGUGCUUUUUUAGAAUUUCCAAUCAGUGUUCCCUGAGGGAAGAAAUAUUAAGAAUAACAUGGUCUACAAGACAUUUGUGUCUAAUUUUGACAAAAGCCUUAUAGUGACAAAGUGUUUUAGAGUUUCGUUAUCCUCUUUGCAUGCUUAAUAUCCAUCUGAAUACAUUCGUACCAUAUGGUAUAGUUUUGGACUCAUUUGGUUCAGCUCCUAAAACAUUUACUUGGGGGAACUAUUUUUGGUUUGGUACCCCGGAUUUAUGCGCAGAUCUUAAUGACCCGUUCACCAUCAGUUUAUCACAUUCACAGCCACCAAUUUUCAAUGCCACCAGUCCGUUUCCAGUGCAAUUCUUUGUGGUGUAUUUAAAUUUUACCACACCCUAUUAUAUAGACAUUAAAUUACCCUUCGAGAAUCUUAUUCAUUUGGGUUUGUGUUUGCCAAAAAGUUGUAGUGUCUCCAAAAUAAGUUUCUACACCGAUAUUUAUUUUCAAAAGGAGUUAUUUCAAAUGCAACGUAAUUUUAAGUUAAAAAUGAAAGCUUUAGAUGCAAAAGCUGCCCAUUUCAGUUGGAAGUAUAUUAUUCAAACAGGAAGUAUUUUAUUUAUUACGAUACUCAUAACAACCACUCUAUUGGCAAUAUUCGCCGAAAUUCUUUAUAAUUCCAAAAAUAAAAUAAAGCUUCAACAACAAACAUCACAUAUGAACAGCAAACUGAAUUCACCAAUCAACGGUAUACCCACCACCAACAACAAUAUCCGCAACCAUGAAGUGCCAGCAAAUCAAUAUGACUUGAGCGAAAGUUCCAUAUGGGAAGAGCUUUUGAUGUGCUUUCGUUUUUCGCUUAAUUAUAAAACCGUUAUGAGUUUAGAGAAUUCAAAUUCGAAUUCAAAAUUUUUAACUGCAAUGACGGGUUUUCGCACCAUCAUCUGUUUGUGGAUAACAGUAUUUCAUGUCUACUACUAUUCCCUGUUUGCCAUAUCGAAUACACCCUUUAUCUUUGCCAAACUGGAGGCUUUUACUUUGCAGCCAGUUUUGCAGGCCUGUUUCUAUGUGGAUGUUUUCUUUAUAAUGAGUUCUUUUCUUUUAGUAAAUAACUUCCUAUCAAAUGUCAAAUUAUUACAACAAAUAAGACGGCAAUCCUGGUGUGGAAAUUUAAAACUUUUUAUUCGUUCUUUGUUGCAACGUUAUAUACGUUUAACUCCUGUAAUGAUUGUUACAAUGCUGUUGAGUACCAUGAUUUUGGAUUUUCUUAAUAUGUAUUCACCCUUUCGUUUAAGCGAAAAUAGUGGUUUCUAUUGUAAGACCAACUGGUGGUAUAAUCUCCUUUACAUACACAAUUUGCUGGACAUGAAUGAUAUUUGUUGCUCGUGGACCUGGUAUUUAGCAUGUGAAAUGCAAUAUUUUAUUUUAUUCACUGGAUUGUUGUUUGUGCAUGUUAAAAAGCCAAUUGCAGCCAAAAUAGUAUUUGUCACAUUAGCACUGGGAUUUGUGGUCAUCGGUUGGAUGUGUAAUUUUGGCAAUGGAAUAACAUUUGAAAUCGAUGUCAUCUACAGUACACUCAAUCAGUUGUAUGUCAAGCCGUGGGUUCGCAUACCACCUUACUUGGGUGGUGCAACAAUGGGUUGGUUAAUGCACACACUGCAACAACGUCAACAGCAACAACAACAAAAACGACACCAACAUCAACACCAAAAAGAACAACUGCAACAAACAGAGCAUCAAGUCGAACAACAACAACAGCAACAACAUGUCAGUGUAAUGGCAGAGUCUCAUCAUCCACAGCUCCAUCACCAGCAUCUGCAUCAUCGUCAUCAUUACCAUGAAAAUCAGCAUGAACAUAAAGAACAUGUUCGCACAUUCGGUCGUAAAGCAUUUUGGCUUUUUUGCAUUGUCCUCUAUGUGACAACAAAUUUUAUGAGUUAUUGGCGCUCUACGCCCUCUUGGGUGGUGGCGACAAUUAUGUCCAUGGGUAAAUUGCUUUUCGCACUUUGCAUCGGUGGUGUCAUCAUCAUGUGCGCUUGUGGUCGCGGUGGCUGUCUCAAUGUGUUGCUGAGUGCGCGACCGUUUUUAUUUUUGAAUAAAUUCUGUUUCAGCAUUUAUAUGCUGGCUCCCGUCGUUGUUGUGGCCAUGUUUGGUUUACGCAACGAACCCACCAACUUUACCGAAGUCGGUUCGGGAGCCGAUUUUUUCACCGUCAUCGUUUUGUCCAUAAUGUCAGCAUUUUUAAUGUUGAUUUUAAUUGAGUUGCCAACGCAAAGAAUUGCAAAUCGUCUGCUUAAACAAAAGAAUUCGUAAAUGGAAGGAAAAACGAAUUUCCUUAUAAUUUUAAUGGGAGGAUUUAAUCAUCAAAAUAUGUAAGUGCAUGUGUGUCGUGUAUGAAGUAAAUGGCCAAAAAAAUAUACUACAUUUUCUAAUGAUUGAGGAACAUUCUUAUGUAUGUAUAUGUAUAUAGUGUCGUUUUAAUUUUAUGGCAAUGGGGAAUUUACAAAAUUGUGUAAAUGUUUCUUAGAAAUAAAUGAACCAUAUUACACAUUUAGCGUUUUUUUUUGGUGUAAUAUUUUAAAUAUAAGUAUUUUAUUUGUAUUUGGUUAAUUAAUCCAUAAUUGUUUGUGAAAUUAAAAUUUAAUUUGUGAAAUUGAAAUUUAAUAAACCCUUAUUAUUUUUUAUUUUAAA